GUCUGUUGUACUCUUUCGAUCUGCUGUUCUCAGAGAACAUCAUCGCCGGUGAAGAAAACGCAUCGGCGAUCACCAUGGGGGCUGCGCUGAGCUCUUGCUGUGCGGAGGAGAAGGUCGGCACACAAGGAUAUGUUGGAGGGCCGGAAAGCUCAUCAUGGAGAUUGUUUACUUAUAAGGAGCUCCAUACUGCCACCAAUGGCUUCAGCGAAGAUUACAAGCUUGGGGAGGGGGGAUUUGGAAGUGUAUAUUGGGGAAAGACAACGGAUGGUCUUCAGAUUGCAGUGAAAAAACUGAAAGCCAUGAAUUCAAAAGCUGAGAUGGAGUUUGCUGUGGAGGUGGAGAUACUUGGAAGGGUUAGGCACAAAAACCUAUUGGGACUUAGAGGAUACUGUGCUGGAGUUGAUCAAAGGCUUAUAGUAUACGACUAUAUGCCCAACCUCAGCCUGCUUUCUCAUCUUCACGGCCAAUUUGCAGAUGAAAUGCGCUUGGAUUGGAAGAAGAGAAUGAAUAUUAUAAUUGGAUCCGCACAAGGCUUGGUGUACCUCCACCACGAAGCCACUCCCCACAUCAUCCACCGCGACAUAAAAGCCAGCAACGUCCUCAUCGACUCCGACUUCCAACCCCUCGUGGCCGACUUCGGCUUCGCCAAACUGAUCCCCGACGGCGUCAGCCACAUGACCACCCGCGUCAAAGGCACUCUCGGCUACCUCGCCCCCGAAUACGCCAUGUGGGGCAAGGUCUCCGAAAGCUGCGACGUCUACAGCUUCGGCAUCCUCCUCCUCGAGCUCGUCUCCGGCCGCAAGCCCAUCGAAAAGCUCCCCGGCGGCAUCAAGCGCACCAUCACCGAAUGGGCCGAGCCCCUCAUUUCCGCCGGCAGGGGGGCGAAGGGGAAUGGUUUGGGGCGGGUGGAAGGGGAGGGGGACGCCGGUGACAGGGCAAUUGGGGCCGGCGAACAGUGCCCUUCGGCGUUGAGGAUAGAGAGCAUAAAGUACGGGCAGGAGCUGAUGGCCAUGGAUGAUGAUAACAGCAACGAUGGGGAUGUGGAGGAUGAGGAUGGGCAGAGGGAGAAUGAGACGACGAGUGCGAGUAGUUUGGAGUUGGGAGGCGGAGUGGCGGUGCAGAGGAUGAAAGGAGGAAGUAAUUAUGGGCAGUAUGAUGCGGCGAUGGGGAGCCGGCGGACGGCGCUGCGCGGCUGA